GCUACUGGAAUUCCCCCUUCUCAGGAUUAGCGGUGCUUGGGUCCGGGAGCAACAUGGCAGCAUCCGUGAGGCGCUAGCUUUAGGAAAAGAGAGCGUUUGGUGUCGCUGCCUUGCGGGAUUUUGACAGGUUGCAGCUUUCCACGACCUCCCGAUUUAAGGAAGCGUGUACCGAUAGGUGGACAGCUUUAGGUAUCGACCGUUCGCUCUCAUCCCCACUUAGGAGCAGAGUCCUGAGCGCUGACCAGCAUGAGCAACAUUUACAUCCAGGAGCCUCCCACGAACGGGAAGGUUUUAUUGAAAACUACAGCUGGAGAUAUUGACAUAGAGUUGUGGUCAAAAGAAGCUCCUAAAGCUUGCAGAAAUUUCAUUCAGCUUUGUUUGGAAGCAUAUUAUGACAAUACCAUAUUUCAUAGAGUUGUACCUGGUUUUAUAGUCCAAGGGGGAGAUCCUACUGGUACAGGGACUGGUGGAGAGUCUAUCUAUGGAGCCCCAUUCAAGGAUGAAUUCCACUCACGGUUGCGGUUUAAUCGGAGAGGACUGGUUGCCAUGGCAAAUGCUGGUCCUCAUGAUAAUGGCAGUCAGUUUUUCUUUACACUGGCUCGAGCAGGUGAACUUAACAAUAAGCACACCAUCUUUGGAAAGAUUACAGGGGAUACAGUAUAUAACAUGCUGCGACUGACAGAAGUAGACAUUGAUGAUGAAGAAAGACCACGUAAUCCACACAAAAUAAAAUGUUGUGAGGUUUUGUUUAACCCUUUUGAUGACAUCAUUCCAAGAGAAAUAAAAAAGCCAAAAAAAGAGAAACCAGAGGAGGAAGUAAAGAAAUUGAAACCCAGAGGCACAAAAAAUUUUAGUUUACUUUCAUUUGGAGAGGAAGCUGAGGAAGAAGAGGAGGAAGUAAAUCGAGUUAGUCAGAGCAUGAAGGGAAAAAGCAAAAGUAGUCAUGACUUGCUUAAGGAUGAUCCACAUCUCAGCUCUGUUCCAGCUGUUGAAAGUGAAAAAGGGGAUGCAGCAGGAGAUUCAGAUGAUGAUGGAGAAUAUGGAAGUGCAGAGCAUGAUGAAUAUGUUGAUGGUGAUGAGAAGGACCUGAUGAGAGAAAGAAUUGCAAAAAAGUUAAAAAAGGGCACAAGUGCAAAUGUUAAGACAGCUGGAGAGAGUGAAGUGGAGAAGAAAUCAGUUAGCCGCAGCGAAGAGCUCAGAAAAGAAGCAAGACAAUUAAAGCGGGAACUCUUAGCAGCAAAACAAAAGAAAAUGGAAAAUGCAGCAAAACAAGCAGAAAAAAGAAGUGAAGAGGAAGAGGCUGCUCCAGAUGGUGCUGUUGCAGAAUACAGACGAGAAAAGCAAAAGUAUGAAGCUUUGAGGAAGCAGCAGGCAAAGAAGGGAACUUCCCGUGAAGACCAGACCCUUGCGCUGCUGAACCAGUUUAAAUCUAAACUCACUCAAGCAAUUGCUGAAACUCCUGAAAAUGACAUUUCUGAAACAGAAGUAGAAGAUGAUGAAGGAUGGGGGUUGUAUGCAGAGGCCUUGCACCUAACACAUGGGAUUAGAGUUCCCAGCGCAGAACCGCUGUGCUAACACCCCAGCUUGGUGAGCUGUGUGGAGAAGCACUGCACACACCGCCUCAAUUCAAGAUGGCGGCAGCGGGCCGUGACCAGAGAAGCUGCACCAGGCACUGCGAUCUGGAGCCUGAGCCACAGCUGCUGCAGGUGGUGAGAACCCCGCCCCCUCCCCUCCCUGCUAACGAGAUCCCCGUAAAGCAGCCCCGCCCACAGCCUGUGCUCUAGAGCCCAAGCGUCUACCUCUCCAUCCGCCGAUGAAAGAAGAAAGCUUUCCUUUGCUUCUGAACCGAACUUGGUCUCCUUCUACGGGCUCAAACAACACUGGGCGGGAGAACCCUUGUUGGGGCCUGACUAGACAGGGUCCGGUAACACUGCCUUCUUGGAACUCUCUCCUCCCACCUCAUAAUCCUGACUCUCCCUUUCCUACCAGCAAUUCUUGUCCUGCUCCUCUUUUCUGUGGACUCUGUUCUUAGACUCUAGCUCUGAGGAAUCUGGUCAAUACUUCCUGAGAUAAAAUGGUCUUUGGAGCCAAGGCAUUUAACAGGUGGAAGCUAAAAGUGCUGCCUGUUCCAUAUGACGUAGCCUGUACCACCUCACUGUUCCCACAGUAAAUACUUGUUUUCCUGUAAACUUGGGGCACAGGCUAGUAGAUUUAGUGACAAGACAGUAAUCUAUGACUUGGGCCAUCUGAUGUUCCAUCUCACCUGCAGAGGCCCAUGGCUUGUUCAGGAAAUAGAUCUGUCUGGAAGUUCAGACUCUUCAAUAACUAAACAGACUUCUGAGCAUCACUGUCCAGGACCACAGCCCUCUGCCUCUGGCCCCCAGCCGUCUGCAACACUUUGAAGAAAACGGUUCUUCACCAGGCUUACAAUUCAAUGGCCACCCAGUAAGAUGUAGAACAAAGACACUCUUCCCAGGCCUGUGAGCUGUAUGCGUAGCCAAAGUGUCUCUCCACAGGCUAAUGAUAGUCCCAGGUUUAAGAAUGAGGUCCUCGGGGCUUCCCUGGUGGCGCAUUGGUUGAGAAU